AUUUUAAUGAGUCUGUUGGAAAACGUCAUCAAUCAAAUGCUGUUUCCACGAGCUGUACGUCGAUUGUUCAUGCACAACUCGAGGUUUCGGAGACUCUCCACAAGUCACACCAGACAAGCACAAGCUGCAGCUGCCUUGUCCCUGGAGUACAAGAAUGAUGUUGCAAUCAUUCGUAUGGAGAACAGAAACAAUAACCAGAUGGAUUCUGUCUUUCUGAGAGAGUUCCACUCUCAGCUGGACUCUGUGGAGAGGAAUCAUUCGUGCAGGGGAUUGGUGACUGUGGGAGAAGGCAAGUUUUACUCAAAUGGAUUAGAUCUGCAGUGGAUGGCAACCAUUUCCACUCAAGAAGUUCUAGAUUUUAUGGCUGAAUUUGAGAAACUGUUACUCAGGGUCCUCAUUUUACCAGUUCCAACCCUUGCUGUUAUCAAUGGUCAUGCAUUUGCAGGAGGGGCUGUACUAGCCUUUGCUCAUGACCUUCGAACCAUGAACUCAGAGAAAGGAUGGCUUUGUUUGAAUGAAGUACUGUUAGACAAAGUAUUCAGUGCUUUUUUAAAGGAAUACUUAAGAAUGAAGAUUGGAGAUGGAAGAAAUUUAUCUGAGGCUCUUAUUCUUGCUCAUCGCUACACAGCUGCAGAAGCUGUAGAAAACCGUUUAGUUUAUUCCAUCCAUCCGAGACUUUCUUUGCUGGACCACUCAUUACAGGUUCUGGAAUCUUUCAUUGGUAGUUCUGGUUUUCCUCAUCAAGGGUUACUAAAUAUGAAGAAAGAUAUCUAUGAAUUACCUCUAAGGUUUUAUGAGACAGAAUCCAGUGAGAGGUUUCCUCAUUUUGCUGUUCAAUUUAUGACUGAAGCUCAGCGGAAUGGCUUAAAAGACAUUAAGUAG